AUUUGUUGUUUUUAUUUUAUUUUUUUUUUGUGAUCAUUAUUUCGAAGCAAUGAUAAUUAUGCAAUUGUUGGCCGUGUCAAAUUGCCGGCGUUUUUCAACAGCGCCUGGCGGGGCACAGCUGAGAACAAUUAGACGACAUUCUCGCCUGGAUUCCACACAUACAUAUGUACAUACAUAACAUAUGUAUGUAUGCCAAUCGUAGGCUAAUUACGUGGUUAGCCACAAGGUUAGCAAGAGGUUGGCAAGACGCAACCGAUUUGGUAAGAAGCAAACAAUUAGAAUUCGCAAUGAAUGCGGCUUUCUAAAUAGAAAUCCCGAGCGACUGCCAAACUCUCAACCAGGCUGAAACCCCCCCUCCCCCAUCCGCCCGCCCGCCGCCCACCACCUGCUACCAAGUGACGACAAGUGGUCUGCCUUGCCAGCCAAUCGAAGCGGACCAGAGCCGUUGCGUCAUCAUCAGCAGCAGCAGCAACAACAAGAAUCCCAGUCGCAUUCAGACGUCGUUGUCGCUGUCGUUGUCUACUUCAAAGAUACUUCACAAAUUGGUGCUGUUUGGCCCGCUUUGUUGACGCUGAACGACGAGAUCGAAAUCGAAAUCGCUGGCCUAGCCUGGCCUGGCCUGGCUAUCUAGCUAGUCAUCUGUCCGCUGUCCGUGUCCGACAAGCGUCGACUGCGUGCCUUGUUGCAGUAUAAAAGUAACUGAGUGCACGCAAUGAAUUUACAGUUGCAGUUCUCAGUUAAAAGCUUAAACAUGAAACUUCUGAUUCUAACCACUUUGUUGGCCGCCGCCAGCGCUGCACCCGGUUUGCUGGACUACGGUUUGGGACAUACGGCCCCAGCUAUUAGCUACGGUCACGCGGAGCCCGCCAUAACUUAUGCACAUGCUGCGCCCGCCAUCAGCUACGCACAUGCUGCGCCCGCCAUCAGCUACGCACAUGCUGCGCCUGCUGUGACCUAUGCCGCAGCUGCUCCAGUGAUUAAGUCUUAUGCGCCUGCCAUCAGCUAUGCGGCUCCGACGGUGGUCAAGUCCUAUGCACCCGCCAUCAGCUACGCUGCACCUGCUCCGGUGAUCAAGUCGUAUGCGCCAGCCAUCAGUUAUUCGGCUCCGACGGUCCUCAAGUCAUAUGCAGCACCAUCAUAUGCCGUCGCAGCUCCAGUGGUCAAAGCCGUCGCUGCUCCGGCCACCAGUUACUCACACUUCAGUUCGGUUGUUUCCCACUCCACGCCCAUCAUCAAGUCAUACGCAGCUGCGCCCAUAGUUAAGUCCUAUGCCGCACCAGCUAUCAGCUACGCCGCGCCAACUGUUGUUAAGUCCUAUGCCGCCCCAGCGAUCAGUUACCAGCCCACUCUUUUGAAAUCCUAUGCCGCUGCGCCAGCUCUGUCAUACGGCGGAUACGAUGAUCAUGGCUAUGGCUAUCACUAAGAAGCACUGCAUCCGGCACGAAACAUGAGCAGGGAUGGCCAGAGUGAGGCAUAGGAGUAAGCGGAAUAAAUAGAUUCAAUGCGAUAGAGAUAGAAGGACGGAGAGAGAGAGAGAGAGAGAGAGAGAGAAAGGGAGGAGUUGGCAGCCGCACGUUUUCCAAAACUUUUUAUUUUUUAACACAUUACCAUAUUUCGUAUAUUCUGUAUUUAUUUAAGGCUCAAUCACUGCAAAUAAAGAAAAAUUACAUUUUUCAAA